GGGACGUGGCCGCCGCAGCGGAGCAGGAGGCGGAGGGCGGGAGGCGGCCGCGGGGGAGGAUGGCGGUGGUGCUGAGCUCGGACCGGCUCGAGGUCUCGGUGGACGGGCUGACGCUGAGCCCCAACGCCGAGGUGCCGCACUGUGACGCGCGGCCAGGGCAGGGGGAGCUGGCGGCGGGGCGGAGCGGCCCCGGCUCCCCGGGUCAGGCGGAGGCCGGCGGGGAAGCGGCGGAGGAGGCGGCGCUGAGCCCGGAGCGGCGCUGGGGCUUCGCGCUGGAGGAGCUGUACGGCCUGGCGCUGCGCUUCUUCAAAGAAAAAGAUGGCAAAGCCUUUCAUCCAACAUACGAAGAAAAGCUCAAACUUGUGGCACUGCACAAGCAGGUUCUUCUGGGACCUUACAACCCUGACACUUGCCCUGAAGUUGGAUUCUUUGAUGUGCUGGGAAAUGAUAGAAGGAAGGAAUGGGCUGCACUUGGAAACAUGUCAAAGCAAAAAGCUAUGACAGAAUUUGUUAAGCUCCUGAAUAGGUGCUGCCACUUGUUUUCAACGUAUGUCACUUCCCACAAGAUAGAGAAAGAAGAACAAGAAAAGAAAAGAAGAGAAGAGGAAGAACGAAGGCGGCGUGAAGAGGAGGAGCGUGAGCGUUUGCAAAAAGAAGAAGAAAAACGUAGGCGAGAAGAGGAGGAAAGACUGAGAAGGGAAGAAGAAGAGAGGAGGAGAAUAGAGGAGGAACGACUUCGGAUGGAACAACAGAAGCAACAGAUCAUGGCAGCGCUGAACUCCCAGACUGCCAUUCAGUUCCAGCAGUAUGCGGCCCAGCAGUAUCCGGGCAACUAUGAGCAGCAGCAGAUCCUGAUCCGGCAGCUCCAGGAACAGCAUUAUCAACAGUACAUGCAGCAGUUGUAUCAAGUCCAGCUUGCACAGCAACAGGCAGCCUUGCAAAAGCAGCAGGAGUCGGUUGUGGCAGCGACAGGGACACCUCUGACUGCUGCAUCAAAGGUGACUGCGCCUGCCCCAGGGGACACCCCAUCUAUUAACGGGCAGGCCAGUGCACAUGCAGACAGCCCUGAAAAAGAGCUGGAUCCAGAGGCUUUGGAAGAAGCACUGGAGAAUGGACCAAAAGAUUCUGUUCCAGUGAUAGCUGCCCCAUCGAUGUGGACGCGACCUCAGAUAAAAGACUUCAAGGAAAAAAUCCGCCAGGAUGCAGACUCUGUGAUUACAGUGGGCCGAGGAGAAGUGGUUACAGUUAGAGUACCAACUCAUGAAGAGGGUUCUUACCUCUUUUGGGAGUUUGCUACAGACAAUUAUGACAUUGGUUUUGGGGUGUAUUUUGAAUGGACAGACUCCCCUAAUACUGCAGUCAGUGUGCAUGUCAGCGAAUCCAGUGAUGAUGAGGAUGAUGAAGAAGAAAAUACUACCAGUGAAGAAAAAGCCAAAAAGAAUGCCAACAAGCCUCAGCUAGAUGAAAUAGUGCCUGUGUACAGACGAGACUGUCACGAAGAAGUGUACGCUGGCAGCCACCAGUACCCGGGGAGAGGAGUUUAUCUUCUUAAAUUUGACAACUCCUACUCUCUGUGGAGGUCAAAAACAGUUUACUACAGAGUUUAUUACACUAGAUAAAGGUGUGGCUGUGUCUGAGGCUGGGCUGUGCAGAAGAUGUCAUUUUAUUUGGAAUUUUCUUCAAGCAUAACGGAUCCUUUUGAGUCUGUGUUUUUCCUCCUGUCUGUAUCUGUAUGGUUUGUGUGAACUUUUUAACGAGUAGACACUGGGAUCUUCCUGCUCCAUGACACUAAUGCAUAUUGCAUUGGGCUUAACACAGGAUCUCCCUAGCCCUUCCAGGUACUGGAGUUCACCGGUGGAAGUCAUUGGCUCCAGUGCUGAGGUCACAUUGGUUGCAUUGGUUAAAGCCUCGUGAAAAAGGGGGAGGGAGUUGCCGGCACACUGGCUGGAUGAUCUGAUGUUUCCAGGUCUGGAUGCUUUGUAUAACUUGUUAGCGGUUACUCUAAAGGUCCCAUCACUAACUGGUAGAUUUGGAUGCAGUUUGCUGUGUAGCAAGUUUCUCUUAACUGUAACUGAAUGUCAGAUUUUUACACCAUUAAAACUUGAAACUUUAAGUUGAUGCAGUUUAGAAACAAGUUGUCUCACUUCUGUCCUCAUCCAAGACGAAGCGUUCAGCUCCUUAAACCAGAGCAGUGGCUAAGGCAAGAAUGAGCAGCGUCCUGAGUGUACAGCAAAUAACCUCUUCUGAAGGUGUAAACCGAGUGACAAAAGUGUAUGUAACAAAAGAAGGAUCUUAAUUGUCUUUUGAGGCGAUUAACUUUGAACCAGGGCACACGCUAUUUCUGAGUCUAGUGAGUUUUUAAUGGGGUAGACUUUAAAGCAAAUAUAUAUCUAUGUAUCUUGACAAACCCGAAACCAGUUUUCUGCACAACGUUCUGGUUUGUCUGUCUUGAAAACCUAAACAAGCGUGUUGUGCAUCCGGAGAAGGGCGAGUCACUUGGAUAAAGUACAGGAGCUCAUGUUGCACUGAUAACGGAAGCUGCUGCCGGCCCCUUUGAGUCUGACCCAGCCAUACGUGGGCGCAGAGCUUCUGCUGCCGCCCGUGAGCGUCCGCAGGAAGGCAGAGCACACCUACAGAUACUUAAUGACGUAGCUUUAAUCUUCAUUUUGUGUGGUUCAGUUGGGGCCUUUCACAUGUCUUGCGGGAAGAUGCAGUAAGAAGGCUCUCCCGUGGGAGCGGUGUGUCACAGGGACGCCUCGCCCCGGCGCUCCCUCCCUGCGGCGCGCACUCCGACAUAGAGAGGAGAAGAAGGGUUCCUUUGGCUCUCUCGGGUCAGCCCUUGCAGCAAGCCUCGCGGUGAUUACCUGCAACAUGUACAGCUCCCUGGCUAAUGACGUCGAGUUGGCAGGAUUUGGUUGGAUAAUCAGUUUGUACAUACAUGAUACUUUUUCCUUUCCUCAUCCCAGCCGUGGAGAUGCUUCUCCUAGAGCGCUUCACUUGGUCAUCUUGCGUUUGGUUCAGCGACACCGUACCAGCUUGUAGCUAAUUAGUGCUGCUUUAUCCAAAAACACUGUACAAUGUUCUGCUCUUGUGUACAUACAGUAUAUAAACCAUGACUUUAGAAAGUACCUUGCUUUUAAAGAAAACUGUAUUUAAUGUAAAAAAGCCCCCACUUUUGAAAAGGCAGGCACUAAUAUAUUUCUUCCAGUCUUCAAGUUCAACUUUAUUUUUUGUCCAUACAAAAAAGAUGUUACGACUCUUCCCUCUAAGAAUCUGUUCUUGGGAGCGGUGUUUGUCGCUUUAAAUGGCAGCACUUAACUGUCAUGUGUUGGAUGUUAGAACUUUUACGUUUUCAGACUUUUUCUAUUGCCUCUGGCUGUUGAUUAGUACAGUACAAGUGCGACUUCAAGAUACCUUGAGAUAGUAUUUAACCCUAAUUAAAAUACAUUUAUCUGUAA